GUCUCUGUUGUCUGUCCAGUGGAUGGACGUCUUGCCAAGUAGGAAUCGACUGGUGUGAUUUUCUCAGGGAUGAUGUCAAUUAUUAGUAAUCAAGGAGACCAAAACUGCAAUAUUUGUAAGCUUUGCAGUAAAAAUCAAAAUUUUAGUGGCAAAAUAAAAAUGUAUUGUGGUCGUAAAGCAUCAUGAUUGUGUUAUAAUAAACUCUGAAUGCCCCCAUAACGCCCCAUAGGUACUUAGAAAAAGAGAAAGCUAUAAAACAUUUGUAUACAACCUAUGAAAUGAAACACUGCAGCUUUCACUGUGAACUGACCAGCAGCUGGACCCAAGUAGUGAAAGAAGUAGUCAGGACUUUUACUGAGAUAAAGUAGCAGCACCUCACAGUAUCAGUUACAAAGUCAUGAAUUCAAAAUCUUGCAUACAUGCAAAACUACUACAGUACAAGUACUCGUUAAGCAGGAUGGGCCAUUUCAGAGUAACGAUGCAGUAAAGUGUUUAUCUGCUGCAGCUGGUAAUAAAGUUUAUAAUAACACAUCAUAAUAAUCUAUUUGUUGAUUGUAUUUUGUUAUUAAUCAGAGUCUACAAAUUAAAUAGUGAUUUAAGUUUAAGUCAGUUGAAUGUAGAAGUAAAAAGUGCAGUGUUUGUCUCUGAAAUGCAGUAGAGUGAAAGUAUUACUCAAACACAAGAAUAAUCACACUUACUGAACUUAAGUGCAGAACAUUUAAAUGUACUUAGCCGCCUUCCUCCACUGCCUCAACGGACAGCUUCAUCUUAUUGUUUUUGAUGGUUGACGAGGUGUUUUUCUGAUUUUUAUGUCUUCACUGCAGAUAUAUUUACACGGUGGGCCAUUGAAAUGGAGAUAGAGGGGAGUGUUUGUUUAUGGAGGGCAGAUGUCUUUCUGUCAUUCAGCUGUGUGAUAAUCCUGCUGGAAGCCACGUCUAUUUUUACCACCCGCCUGCCUCUCUCAGCUGUGUUUCCUCUCAGUGUUUUCAUGGCUCCUCAGACUCGGCGGCAGCGAGACGUCUCGGCCUCCACACGUGGCUCUGGAGAUUCAGCUGCCGACAUUUGAAGAAAAGUGAAUAGUCUGCUUAGCGGAGUUCACUCUGGAAACCAGAGACUUCCCAGCACAGCAAGGCAGCUAUCUGGAGAACUUUGCAUGUGAUGCCACACUGAAAACUAAGCAAAAAGAAUCUCAGAAGGAGAGCUAAGAAAGAAGAAAAGAAAGGUUCUGCGAUUCUUCAAGUCCCAGCAGAUCCUGGACUGAGUCUUUCUUCAUGACAACCGGAGAAAGUGAAGAGACCAUGACAUGUGCAGGACAAAAGAGGGCACAUGGAAGAACUGGAGGAGAAGGAGAAGGAAACAUGAAGCUUCCUCUGUCCUUCACCACGCUGAGCACUGUAGCCAUCCAGGCCGGCCAGUCGCAGAUCGUCAUCUCUGUUCUCGAGAGUGGGGCUGUGGUCCACCUUCAGCUGGUCGAGGUCCAUCCAGGCCUCUGUGAGAUCGGAUCAAACCGGGAGGAAAACCGGACGCUGAUCCAGGAACAGCAGCAGCUGAUGGGGAAGCUCAAGAAACACGAGAGAGAAGUGCUGGCUUUGGUGGAAAAGAGCCGACAGGCAGAGCAGAGGAAGAGGAAGGAUGAAGGGAUGAUGGAACGGAAAAGCUACAAGAAACAGGAGGAAGAGGAGGGAGUGCACAAGGCCAUGGUGGCAUCGCUGAACGAGGGAUGGUCAUUACUCCUCCUGCUGCUUGAGAAACGACAGGAAGUGCUGACCCUGGCUUCAGAUUUUUACUGCAGAGCUCUGGAGUUUGCUGUCAGCAUUGACAGAGUUGAGGAUCUCCAGAUCAGACCGGACAGACUGACUGAAGUGCAGCUCACGUAUGACUCCAUGAGGAGAGAUCUUCUGGGAAAAUCCCUGCAGGUGUUAACCAGCAGCAGCCUUCUUCUGCAGAGACUCAGACAGCUGCAAAGGACUGAGGCCCUCCAGAGGAGAGGAGCGGUACUGCAGGACCAGUUAGAGGAGGAGGAGGAGGAGUUGAAGAGUUCCCGGAGCAGCAGGGGGAUGGCGCUGAGGGUGGAGGAGCUGAUAGAGACCCUGCAGGAUCGGAGGAGGAGGGUAGACCAGGCUGUCAGGCUGCGGCUCCAGCAGGUGCAGGAUGGCCUCGUGGUCCAAAAGAAAGGACAAGAGUUCAGACCGGCCAGUCCGGAAGUAAGAGACAAGCACUGCAGUGAGCAUGUUUACACCUCACAUUAUAACUCUCAGGUUUUCAGGCAGCUUCAUGUGAGUGUCUGGUGCCACAAAGACAACAUUUUUUACAUACAGAGCUCCCCGGUGAGACUCAGUCCAGGAGGCAACGGAGUGAUGAGGUGCUGCUUUGUAAAUCAGGACUGGAGCCUCACAGGUGACAAGAUCCUGGACCAGAAUCUGCAGUCUGGAGCCAUUUUGGCAGACCUGAAGGCAGAUUCCACAAUGGAAGAAACUAGAGACUUGCAGCCCACAUCCAGAUUAGACCAAACAUCUGGAUCCAGAUCAGAUGUGCUGCCAGGGUCCAGAUUAGAUCGAAAGUCUCCAUUUAAAUCAGAUGAGAUUAGAAACCUGCAGUCUGGAUUCAACUUAAAGCUGAAGGCAGGAUCCAGAUCAGACCUCAAAUUAGCUUCUAAAUCAGAAUCAGACAGAGACAUUCCACCUGGAUCCAGAUUAGACCAGAUGCCUGGAUUAAAAUCUGAAGUGCAGCCAGUAGAUGUGAAAUCUGAGUCUAUAUCAGAGAAAAUUGGGGACCCUGGAUUCACAUCAGAGGAGCCCAGAGACCUUCAGUCUGGUUCCAUAUCAGAUCUGAAGCCUGAAUCCAGGUCAGAUGUGCGGCCAGGAUCCAGAUUGCAUCUGGUGUCUCAAUUUAAAUCAGGUGAGACCAGAAGCCUGUUCCCUGAAUCCACAUCAGAGAGCGCAGACCUGAAGCCAGGUUCCAAAACAAAAGAACCCGGAGACUGGCAGCCUGAAUCCAGACCAGAGACCAGAAACCUGCAAUUUGGAUUAAAAUUAAACUUGAAGGCUGGCUCCAGAUCAGACCUCAAGGUAGCUUCUAAAUCAGAUGAGCCCGGAGACCUUCAGCCAGGAUCCAGAUCAGAGGUAACUACAGAUCCUGGAUCCAGGUCUGAUCUGCAGCUUGUAUCCAGAUUAAACCAGAUGCCUGGAUUGAAAUCAGAUAUCCAGCCAGGAUCUCUGUUUAAAGCGGAUGAGACCAGAAACCUGCAGUCUGGAUCCACGUCAGAGACCACAGACAUGACGUCAGUUCCUAUAACCAAAGAAACCAGGGAUCUGAAGCCUGAAUCCAGAUCAGACAUGCAGCCAGGAUCCAGAGGAGAUGCAGAGCCCGUGUGUCGAUCAGAGGCUGAAGACCUCAGUGUGUCUGAGCCGAGCAGGAAGGAGGAAGAGACCAAACAGCACAGAGCUGCUACUACAAAAACCACCAGCAUGCUGGGACACAAGACUCAAAGUGGAGAGGACCACGCCCACCAAGUCCUCCUGACCAAUGAGAGGCAACAUCUGCUGUCGUCGUGUGAACACCUCGUGGACAAGAUCUGGAUCUGGGUCCAGCAGGGCAGCAGCGUGCUGUCCAACAGUUCUGAGGCAGGACGGCAGCUCUUUGAGGCCGAAGACACUCUGAACACACAUCUGCAGCUGCGCACGCAGGCUGAGUCUACAGGUCAUGAUGCAGAGACCAUGAAGCAGAUCCUGGAUCAGAUCAGAGCUCUGCACACAGAUUCGACCAGUACAACCAGUCCUCCCGGUGAGCUCGGCAGACAGCUGCCCCCCCUGAAGGCCCUGACAGAGCAGCUGAAGAGAGGCAGCUCGGGCAGACGGUCCAGAACCAGCGCCGCUCGCCACGGUCUGUCUGCUACUGACCCAGCUGGUUCACUGAGUCCUGAACUCGCUGGUAAAGUUGACCUGGUCUUGAAGGAGCUGCAGACUCUGAACAGGAAGAUCAACUCAAACCUACAGCUGCUGCAGCCUUACGUCACUUUCCUCAGGAUGGCACAGCAGGUGAGGGAGGAGAUGGAAGAACUGAAGGAGGUCUACACCAGGACACCAGAGGAAGAGGAGGAGAAGCAGGAGGAGAGGGAAGCUGUCGGCAGUGACGGUUCCAGGUCACCACAGAAGAAGAAGCAGGUCGACACCUGCUGGCAGGAAACGCUACAGAGGCUCCUCACCGCUCAGGAGCUGGGAAACGACUGUGUCAGCACUGUUCCCAUGCAGACGGUACAGCGACUCAGCAGAAUUAAACAGGAAGUGAACGAGCUGCGGAGCCAGCGGCAAAUCCAGACCCUGCGACAGCAGGAGGACUGCAGGAAAUACGCAGAGAGACUGCAGAAGACCCUGCAGGACUUGAAUUGUGUCUCUGAGCUGCUGGACUCCUGCACUCUGAUGGAUCUGGGAUCAGACCUGCAGACCUCCAGGCUGCUGGAGCACUUCAGCCAGGCCAGACCACAUUUCACUCAUCUAGAUGCUGAGGUGGAGUCCUUGGAGAGGAGCUGGGACGCUCUGAGAGGAGUCCAGGACAGGCUGGACGUGAAGGAGCUGAAGGUAAAAGUGGUGAAGGAGGAGGAUCUGUUGGAGGUGCUGAAGCUCCAGAAGAGAGUGAAGAACAAGAUCCAUGAGAGCGAGUCCGUCCUGGACCUGACCAGCAGAUUCCACCUCACAUCCCGCCAGCUGGAGGCACUGCUGCAGUCGGAACUUGCAAGUCCUGUACCUGGUUCAACUGGUUUAUGUGCAUCCAUUGAGGCCCAGCUGAGCCGGCAAAGAGAGGACCAGCAGCACGUCCAGAAUCUGUUAAAAACAGCUUCAACACUGAAGACGAACAUCUGCACCACCAUCAGCCACAGUGGUUGGACGUGUUUCAGAGUGGAGCAGCUGGAGACUCGUCUUCUCUCUCUGGACUCCCUCUGCGUCUCGUGGCUGAAUGAAGCAGCUCGCCGUGAGGAGAAGCUCCGCAGAGAGAUGCUCACCUGUCGACUCGGUGAUGACAUCAGCCAGCUUCGUGGCUCCUUUAAGGAGCUGAAGAAGCGCUUUGGUAACCUGAAGUUUAAUUACCUGAAAAGAAACGACAGGACCAGGAACGUGAAGGCCGUCAGGAACCAGCUGCAGCAGGUGGAGCUGUACGAGGAGAAGCUGCAGGCGCUCAGGAAACGUCUGCAGGGUGUGACGGCCCGGUUGGGGUCAGAGGUCAAGGACGGGGUUGUGGCCCGGGAGGCAGAGGACGCCAUCAAUGAGCUGCAGAGGCAGAUGGGAGAGUUUGAGCACAGUGUCAACGACCACCAGAAAACACUGGAGAUGACCCGCCGACUGCAGCAGGCCAUGGAGGAGUAUCAGUUCUGGUGCGAGGAGGCGAGUGCGACCAUCGCUCGAGUCGGGAAGUUUUCCUCGCAGUGUCGCAGUAUGGAGGCCGUGUCUGUUCUCUAUCAGCAGUUUGAGAAGUUUGUGUGGCCGACGGUUCCUGAGCAGGAGGAGAGAAUCAGUCAGAUCGCUGAGCUGGCUGUCAGGCUGCACGGGGCGGAGGAGGGGCGGCGGUACAUCGAGAAGACAGUCAGUAAACACUCCGAGAUGGUGGAGUCCAUCAAACAGCUGAGUGAUGGACUGAUGGAGCUGGAGGCCAAACUGAAGCUGGAGAGUCUCAGGAAGCAGCAGAGUGACGGAGAGAAGGACAUGAAGGAAGAGGGAGAGGCGGAGCGAAGGAGAGAGAAUGUGAACGAACAGAAAGACAAAGAGAAGGAGAAGAAACCGAAGGCAAACAGAAAGAUGACAGAGGAUGAGCAGACGGAUAAUCGCAGCGCGCAGGAGGCGGCAGACGUGUAUGAGCUAAAGGAGACAGGCCACACCCCUGAACUGACCGCUGAGCAUGAUGGGAAGGAGGUUCCCGUGAAGAGGCAGGCCGCAGCCAACAGGAAGCCUCCAUUGCAGAAGAGCCGCAGCGAGGAGGCAGACAGACAGCCGGACAGGCAGACAGUCACGUCAGAGAGCAGCCGCAGACAGCAGUCGUACAGCGAGACGUUCACCUCCUCGUUCCGCUCCACUCACACCUUCAGCCUCUCCUGCUCCCCGGUGGAGGCCAACCGACGGAUUCACACCAUACACAGCCAAGUACCGCCUGUCGCCACUGAGCCUCAGGCCACGCCUCCUCCCUCAGCGAUUGGCCCGUUGUUCUCCGACAUUCAGAGGGAGUUUCAGAGGAAGGAGGGUCACGAAACGGGACAGCGAGGGGUCUCUGCUUCCUGUGGGUCAAACGGGACAUGUUUUCAGGAUGCAUUAGCAGGAGGCUUGUCGGAGGCGGACCUCCAGCAACAGGAAGUGACGACUGAUGAUGAUGAAUACGAGUGUGCAUCACCUGACGACAUUUCCCUGCCGCCGCUGGCAGAAACACCAGAGUCCAACAUGGUCCAGUCAGACAUUGAGGAGGGCUUCUGUUUCAGUUCCCACAGCAUCCACAUCAACCAGCACAGCCACCAGUGCUACGCCCAGUCAGAGCGCAGUGGGACUGGUCCCGGUGCAGCCCCACAACAGAGAGAGUCCAGACAAGCAGAGAGUUGUCCAACUCCUCCCACCAGCCUUCACAGCAGCACCAGGUUCAGAUCAGAGUCCAGUUCAUUUGUUCAGAGUCCACUGGCAGUUUCAGCUCCAAGCCUGAUCACCAGAACUCUUUGCAGCAUCCUACUGACUUCUGAGACCAGCAGAGACAACAUCCCCCAGACAUCUGACUUCUCCCUUUGCAGCCCUGAGCUAAACUGCCCCUCAGGAUCUAAUCCUGCCCACAGGAAAAACACUCCAGACGUGGACAGUGAUGUCCCUGACAGGAAGAACCUCUCACAAACUGAGUCCUCAUUAAGGGCACAUAGCAGUCAGUAUAACCAGCGUCAGAGGGGGACUGGGACCCAGGGUAAGAAUGUGGCAUCCAAAGGUGAGGCCUUGUCUCAGACUGAUCCCAUUCCACAGAACUCGGAGCUCAGUAACAGUUCACCUCUACCUUGGUCCAACUAUUGUCCUCAGCCCUUUAAUGGUCCCGUCCCUGAUCUCCACAGGGAUAAGACAGCUUCACAAGACACUCAGUCCCACAAAUGCAGCUCAACUUUUCCUCAAACCGCAACAGCCAUUUAUUUUCCACAGUCCUUUGCUGGCUCUGAGAGUGACCUCUAUCAGGACAUAAAUUCCCUCCAAACUAGGCAGGAAACACCUCCAAACUCCAAACUUCAAAGAAACAGUCUCACCAAUACUAGCACUGGUACAGUUACCCAACAGACCACUUAUGGCCAGUCCUCCCCUUGUGGCAUUCAGUCCAACUUGCCACAGGUGAACAGUGGCCUCAGUUCAUCCCAAGAAAGCCCCUCUUCCCAGAGUGAGACAGUCCUCCAGGCCAGAGGGUCUGUUCAGAGCCCCAGCCUCACAGACUCUGUUCUUCACAAAGACACUGGGUUCACAAUCAACACUCAAAACAGCGGUUUUCCACAGGCUUAUCCAGACUCUGGGAGUGGCCUUGAUCAGGAUGUACCUUCUUCCCAAACCAGCAAGGAAACAUCCUCAGUCUUCACACCCAAAGGCAGCAGCCUGACCACAGCCACUACUGUCACCCAAAAACACAUUUAUUGUCAGUCCUCUCCUUCAAACAGUCAUUGCAGUGUGCCACAGAAUAGCCGCAAUCUCAUGUCACAGCAAGGUAGGCCCUUCUUCCAGGGUCCUGGAGGUCUGCCUGAGGUCCACACUCCUGUUCUACCAGAACCAAAUGGCUUCAGCAACAUCAAUAUCUGCAGCAGUACCAUCACCAGCAGUGAUGGAUUCAGCAGCAAGCAGAGCCACCAGACAGUCUACUCCUGCCAUGAGUCCCUGACCUCCAUCUGUACCCAGCAGUGUGUGCAUGACCCUGGAAUAACCCCCAGCAGCCCUGCCAAGGCCCCUGCUCCUCCUCAGCCAGAAUCACAAACCCAAGCUUUGGCUCAGCAGGCUAAUCUGCAUGUCCUUUCCUCUCCACCUCAUCUACUAACUCCACAGCAAGACCCAAACAUCUGUCAGCCCAUGGCCGUCCGUGAGGAGAUCAGGCUUACUCCUCAGAUCAAAGGGCCCCCCCUUCCUGCUCCUCCUACUCUUUCCCAGACCCAAGCAGAGCUUCUUCCUCAGGGAAAAGCCUGUAAACCUGACCCUCCCAGCAUCACCAGGCCUCUGUCUAGAGCUACCGUCAUGGAGGGCUCUCCGGUGACGCUUGAGGUGGAGGUGACGGGACAGCCAGAGCCCAUGCUCACCUGGUUUCAAGAUGGAGAGGUGUCAGCCACCGCCCCGGGCCCAGCGCUGGCCUGCGAGGACAGGAAACACUUCCUGUUUGUCCCAGAGGCGUCGGACUCAGAUGGUGGGUUACGUGAGGCUCGGGCUGCCUACCGUCAUGAUGCGCAGCGUGCAGCUGCUAACAGCAGCGGUGAUAAGUGGCUGGUGGCCGAAGUGUUUGACAUCAUCACUGUGGACUGGCAGAACUGGUUUGGUACACUAUGUGUCCUGCUGUGGCUGCUCUACCUGAUACUACUCUGAUCCCUUAUUCCACUACGGGAACUUAAUGACCUGUAACACCUGAACUUAUCAGAGCCUGUAAGGGUCUGGUCUGAGGUUUUGUUUCUGAUGUGUGUGACAAAUCAAAGCAUGUCAGGUAAACAUUAUUCCCAUUAUUUGGUUAUAAUGUAUAACCUCUGAGAGGAAACAAAGUAUUGCAGUAAAAUGUCAGCUAUAUUAUGCUAAUGUAGACUAAUGUACAACGAGAAAGGAAAACAAUCAUUCUGAAUUAUAAUCUGACUUGUAUGUUAAAACAUAAAACAGAGUGAUUGUCUUCCAUCCAUACUGACACUGGAAGUUGGGUUUAAUAUCACAUCCUGAGUCUGUCUGCACAUGUUACAGCAUACAGGUCAUUUUAUCCUGUGGUGGAAAAGGCCUCACACACACACACACACACACACACACACAGUUCAAUCCCAAGUUUCUCAACCAGGGGGUCCAGACCCCACGAGGGACACACAAAUAUCAACUGUAAUUUCUGUUUUCACAUUUGUUUGACAUAUAUGUAUUGAAAUUGUAAGUGGAUCAGAUACCAACACACACACAAAGUGAAAAGAAAUCCGUUUCAUUCACAAUAUGAAUUUAAGAUGCUGCAGGUGGGGAGAACUGGGGGACCUAAACACAGACGGCCAUAAAGAGGCUGCAUGAGCCAGUCUGAGCUCUGUGUGAUAACUACUGUGUGGUCACUGUGUUCCCUGAUCAGCCUCACUGCAUUCUGUCAGUGUUCAGUAUUGUUGUGGAAUCGACAGGUGAUGGUGAACAGCAACAAAGGACAGAAGAACAGAGUUUCCCUGAAGAUUUCCAAUCCGGUGGCAGACAGGAAGUGCAGAGUGAACAUGAGGCUUAUGGGGAAACAAAGCAGAUGUUGUGCUAUCGACAUUUACUUCAUGAUGUUUUGUUAAAGCAAAACAAUUUCAACUUUUUUGUGAACUGGGAGAAUUGAAGUUGUAUUACUUCUGAUUGUUCUUCCUGCGACCCUGAUGGAUAAGCGGUAUAGAAAAUGGAUGGAUGAUUGUUUUUCUGAAGUCCAAGGAAUUGCAGUCAUAAUAGUAACAGCAUUAAGCUAUUGUGGUUUAAAGCAGAUUAAUGAUUAGUCUACAGUAAUAAUAUCUACAGUAGAAUAUAACUUAAAUGAAGUCCUGUGUGUUUUGUGCUGUGUGUUGUGUAUUAUAACCGAGUCAUCAGGUAAAACAAAAAGUAAAACCAGUUUUUAUCACUUAUUUUCCCAAUGGUUAGCAGGAUCCUUAGUGUGAAUGUUAGGAUUCACCUGCGCUUCUUUUUUGAUGAUGUUUUCAGCAAACUCCUGAAACUGAGAAGUAAGGGCGGUUUGGGAUUAAAAAACAAACUCC